UAUCUAAUAUUAUAUCUAUAUAAUCUUAUGAUUAUUUGAAAUAAUCUUUAUUUUUACUUUAUUUAAGGAAUACUGCAGUUUUUAGAAAGUCAUUUUUGAGUUGUUUUUUUGAAGAUGAAGAUCGUGCUAUUAGUUUUUGGUCUUGCUGUAGUUGCAGGUGUGCCCUGCAAAAACAAGAACCUAGAACCCAAGUUAGACGAUGGGAUCCGUUACCAGUACGUCCAAGGUGGUGACGGCAAGCUUCACCUGGUAGACCUGUGGAACUUGAAGGAUGAUAUCAGCCCCGCAGUCAGAUACAACCCCGAUGCCGUCAACACUUACCAUCUGUUCACUAGAGACAACCCUUCAAUCAGCCAGCCUCUUCUUCUGAACAACGACGGCUGGCUAACCAGCACCAACUACAACUCUUCUAGAAGAACCAUACUCCUCAUACACGGCUGGCUGGACACUGUUACUGCUGACUUCAAUACUGUUUUAGUGCCUGCAUUCCUGGAGAAAGAAGACUUGAAUGUGAUCGUGGUGGACUGGAGUCAUGGAGCAGGCACCAUCAACUACCCCAUAGCUGUCAUCAACACGCCUGUCUCUGGAGAAGCAGUAGCCAGGUUCGUGACCUGGUUGAACAAAGCCAGCGGCUCCGAUCUGAAGAACUACCACAUCGUGGGACAUGGGCUCGGCGCUCACCAGGCUGGUAUUGUGGGGAGAAGACUCGGAGGUGGCGUUGCGUAUAUCACUGCUCUAGACGCGGCUUUCGCCGGCUGGUUAACCCACGACGACAGAUUCAAGGCGACAGACGCGGUGUAUACGGAAGUUAUUCACACGAAUGCUGGUCUACUGGGCUUCCUAGCGCCGCUGGGGGACGUGGACUUCUACCCCAACGGAGGCGUCGACAUGCCGGGCUGUAUCAGCCAGGAGUGCGAUCAUAAUAGAUCAUUCUUCUACAUGGCGGAAUCAGUCAGGACAGGCGGGUUCGCGGGCACCAGGUGUUCCACCUUCGUGUCAGCUAUGGCGGGACAAUGCUUCCUAUGGGGCAGCCUCAAUAUGGGCGGAGUUACUCCUAAGACUGGGCAAACUGGAAUAUACUAUCUCCGGACAAACGCCUUCCCGCCAUUCUCAAGAGGUUGAAAAAAUUUAGAAAAUAUUUUUUUUAUGUUUUAUUUUUAAUUAUUUUUUUUUUCUUAUUAUUUGAAUAAAAUGUGUUUUAUUUAUAA